AUGGAGGUGGAUCCUCGAUUGCAGAUUUCAGGUCUUGCAGACUAUCGUUUCCAGUCUUCGUUGGCGCAGUACAGUCCUUACACUACGAAUAAUGGUGAACGAGGAUUGAUAGGAACAAGUCAACGGGCGUCCUCUCGAGAGCCUUCCCGCCAGCAAGCAAGCGGAUUUGGUCGGACCGGAUCGACUCACUAUCACUCGCCCGAUUCGAGAGCAGCAGUAGCACCAAAUACAAAGUCGAACACUGCUGGAUACUCGGGCACAGCUUCUCCACCAAUCCGAAGUCUCAUGAAUACUGGUAGAUCAUAUCCGACCCCAAGGUCAGAAUCGGAGAAAGUAUAUAUUAAGGACCCAACAGUGUUCGUACCUCCACAUGUCCAGGCGCCGCCAGUAUCAGAUCCACCAAGUCUCAGGGAAUGGCGCAAUAAACUCUUCAAUAUUGAAGAACCACUACUUCUAACGGCUGAGCAAUACCUUACCUAUUUUCCACACGUCGAUAACGUUUACUCACAUCGAAGCACACAAAAGUACAAGCGUAAACCCUUUGUCAGCCACUAUUGGGAUUGUCGACUGAAAGGCCGUCCCACGGGCACCCCCAUUAACAAGUCAAAGAAAGUGGAUGGAGACGGCAAAGAGCAGGAGAAGAAGAAGCGGAAACGAAAAGUAAGAGAACGCGACCUCUGCGAUGUAAAGAUCAAAGUCACCGAGUUCUUUGGGACCGAGGAAUUGGAGGCAUUACGCAAAUUAGGCCUCGAACCAGACACGAGCUCGAACAACCAAGAAGCCGGUACUGGUAAUUUGACCUUUAUCCUCGAUGGCAACCAGAAUGAAGGCAGCAACGAUAGCACAUUCGGCAUCCUGGAGCCCGCUCGGGACCAUCCGCCAAACCAUCCUGGAUAUAGUGGUAAGAAAUGGUACAUGGUCCAACGCGUUAAUGGAGGUGAUGGUGAGGAUGGUGAGGAAAGAGACCUAGAUCAUAAACACUCACUUGAAGAGAGCGAUAGGAUUAAGAAGAACAGUGUGCAACGUUGGCUUCUGUCAAAGAAGAAGGAGAACAAAAAGGCUGCGAAAGCUGGUAAGACAGGUGUCCACCUCGAAGAGGACGAGACAGCCAUAGCAUCGACUUCGGUGCCUACCUCAAGAUUCCAUGCCACAGGCUGUGCCCUACAAACUCUUUACAACCACACAGCACCCACUAACAAUGAGCUUACAUUCUAUGGUUCGUCGUUCUGCCCUUUUGCGCAACGAAUAUGGAUAGCUCUUGAGCUGAUAGGAGUGCCAUACCAGUACGUGGAAGUGACAGAACGCCACUGGUCUCAAGACCCGAAUGCACCUCCUGGUACACCCCCUAGAUUGGAUAUUCCUGAGCUUCAAACCUGCAAUCCGGAGGGCAAGAUACCAUGCCUGAAGCACAACAAUUUUGCAGUAUGGGAGAGUCUGGUCGUACUGGAAUACCUCGAAGACCUUGCCACGGGCCAAUCACUCUUUCAACCUGCAAUGGGAGAUCCACAACUCAAAGCCCAUUCUCGAUUGUGGGCGGAUUUCAUCAACCGUAGGAUACUUCCAAUAUUUUAUGCACUGCUUCUUCUGCCCGAUACAGAUGGACGGCCAAGCCGUACUGAGAAAGAAACUCCAGGAACGCCGAUUGUUAAUCUAGCUGGUCAGCAUGCCCACACGAACCCCAACGCCUCUCGCAACGGGAGCUACAACGACGAAUCCUACGGUAUGCCGAUACCACGACACUCGUACCUGAUGACUCGUCGCCAGUGUGAUUCUACAGCUCUGUCGGCAAGAGCAAUGACCCAGCCGUCGAAUCGUUCGCCCCAAUAUAACCUCAAACUCCAGACGCUCAUCACCACGUUACAUGCCUCAAUCACGACGCUUGUCAAUGCAUCCCAUCGAACGGGCCCCUUCUUCCUCGGCGCGACACUGUCAUAUGUGGACAUUAUCUUCGCCCCAUUUAUCAUCCGUCUUAGCCGAGUUCUUGCUUACUAUCGUGGCUUCCCCCGUCCAGAAGUAGGCACACGAUGGCAAGCAUGGUGUGACGCUAUAGAAAACGAUCCAAUAAUCCAGCGUACAGUUAGUGAGGAACAGACCUAUCGCGAUGCCUACGGUGGCUUAGAUAGUUUCCAGUACGAUAGCCUAGGUCGUGUCGACUAUAAUGAGGCUCGAAGUGCUGGUACGUAUUUUCCCGAGAUGUCCUAUGCAAGAAAGCUCGUUGAGUCAGAGAGCUUCGGGCUGGGUGGUGAUGUAUGGGGUCAGAUAGCUGGCGAAAAGGGCUGGUAA